UGUACCAAAAAAAAAAAAAAAACAGUUACUAUUUCACAUCUAUACCAUCUCACUGGUUUUACAAGUUAGCUAGCCUAUCUAUAGUGAUAACGAUAAAGUUUUAUGUGUUUUAAUAUCUGCUGUGAGAACCUAAUAAAUGCAUUGGACUGUCAAAAGAGCCCUAGUUGGAGAGUGUUCAAGUGUCACACAAGCUGCGGAAUGUGAUUUUAGAAACCACUUUUUAAUAAGCGAAUCCUCUCCAUUCAGUGGGCGUUUUUGUGGAACUUCAAACACUUCAAAACACACGCUUAAAUACGUUCUCUCCAAGUUGGCGCAGACCUCGGCGUCUUCAAUCCGCACACCUCAGAAGCGUCUGGGGGUAAAAUAACCAUUUGAAGAUUCGCGAUUCUGCGCACACGAGCUCCAGCGCUGCCUCUGGGGCGUGACGUCACAGCAUCAUGUCGACGGGCAGCGUGCGCCAUCUUGAAAAGGAAUAAAAAUCACGGGCGGUCCUGGUCGCGCUGAUUCUCCCGUCAAAUCCGGUUUCCGACCGACUUGCUCACACUGCAGUUCAACGGCGAUAAGCGAGCUUGGGUUCGGAACAGGCCGCGUUGACGCCGCAUUCAGUGCAGGACGAAGCGAUGGCAGGGGUCGGCGGAGGGAACGAUUUCCAGUGGUGUUUCUCCCAAGUGAAGGGAGCCAUAGACGAGGAUGUGGCGGAAGCGGACAUUAUCUCAACGGUUGAAUUUAACUACUCUGGGGAACUGCUGGCUACAGGAGACAAAGGAGGGCGAGUCGUCAUAUUUCAAAGGGAACAAGAGAGUAAAAACCGCCCGCUCUCACGAGGAGAGUACAAUGUGUACAGCACUUUCCAGAGUCAUGAACCUGAAUUUGAUUAUUUGAAAAGUUUAGAAAUUGAGGAGAAAAUCAAUAAAAUCAGAUGGCUCCCCCAACAGAAUGCUGCGCACUUUCUGCUCUCCACAAACGAUAAAACCAUCAAGCUGUGGAAGAUCAGCGAGCGAGACAAACGAGCAGAGGGCUACAAUCUUAAAGACGAAGACGGCCGCCUGCGAGACCCGUUUAGAAUCACAACGCUAAGGGUGCCUGUGCUGAUGCCCAUGGACCUGAUGGUGGAGGCCAGUCCACGGAGAAUAUUCGCAAAUGCGCACACAUACCACAUCAACUCCAUUUCAGUAAAUAGCGAUCAUGAAACAUACCUUUCUGCAGAUGACCUAAGAAUAAACCUAUGGCACUUAGAAAUCACAGAUAGAAGUUUUAAUAUUGUAGAUAUAAAGCCUGCCAACAUGGAGGAGCUGACAGAGGUGAUCACGGCUGCUGAGUGCCAUCCCCACCAGUGCAACGUGUUCGUGUACAGCAGCAGUAAAGGCACCAUCCGACUCUGCGACAUGCGAGCCGCGGCGCUCUGUGAUAGACAUAGCAAAUUUUUUGAAGAACCAGAAGAUCCGAGUAGCCGGUCGUUCUUCUCAGAAAUCAUCUCUUCCAUAUCAGACGUCAAGUUCAGCCACAGCGGCCGAUACAUGAUGACUCGGGAUUAUCUCUCUGUAAAGGUGUGGGACCUCAACAUGGAGAACCGGCCAGUAGAGACCUACCAGGUUCAUGAAUACCUGCGCAGCAAGCUCUGCUCCUUGUAUGAGAACGACUGCAUUUUUGACAAGUUCGAGUGUUGCUGGAACGGAUCAGACAGUGCCAUUAUGACGGGCUCCUACAACAACUUCUUCAGGAUGUUCGACAGGAACACGCGUCGAGACAUCACGCUGGAGGCGUCCCGCGAGAACAGCAAACCCCGCGCCAUGCUCAAGCCGCGCAAGGUGUGCACUGGCGGCAAGAGGAAGAAGGACGAGAUCAGCGUGGACAGCCUGGACUUCAACAAGAAGAUCCUUCACACUGCUUGGCACCCUAAGGAGAACGUCAUAGCGGUGGCCGCUACCAACAACCUGUAUAUAUUCCAGGAUAAAAUUAACUAAGGAGAACGAGUAUGGGGAGAAAAAGGAGAGAAAAUGAAAAUGAGCAUCCCCACCGUUUAUUCUCCUGGCGCAGGACAGAGGACGCGCGAAAAACCUUCUACUUUCCAUAGCCUAGUCCUUAAGUCAGCAAGAGCAGCUGCAGCCCUGUUGUCCUACCCGACGGAAGAACAGAUGCACUCGCUCGUUUUGUCACUCAUAACCGAGGGAAGUAAGAGACUGUGCAUUUGUUUUACUAAUGCCUCAUCUCUUGGGCAUAGUCACCCCCCCCCCCCCCCGCCCCCUUCCAGAACACUCUAUCAGAAACCAGGAAAAGGCCAACACAUGCAUCCUUAUCUAGGUCCGUCCCCCCAAAGCACUGCUGAGCAGAAUGGGUAAACCGCACGCAACACGGAGGCCAAAUCAACACUCAACCCCCCUCCCCCAUUUGUCCCCUCCCUCGUUUUAAGUCUGAGCCUUAGUUUUUGCUAUUUGUGGACCUGAAAUGUGGAGAGUACCUGCCCCCUCCCAGCCAGCGGCUGGUCUCUCUGGUAUGUCGGAGCCAGCGGCUGGUCUCUCUGGUAUGUCGGAGCCAGCGGCUGGUCUCUCUGGUAUGUCGGAGCCAGCGGCUGGUCUCUCUGGUAUGUCGGAGCCAGCGGCUGGUCUCUGUGGCCUGGAAAGCCAGGCCUUUCAGAAACAUAUUUGUCGAUGCAUGUCAACAUUCCUCUCUGGCCUCAUUCAUGGGUCCAGGUGUUUUAUCUUUUAAGCACUUAAUGCAGGUCUCCAUUUUGGUCAGUGGACUUUUUAGUUUUAUUAUUAUUGUUAUUAUUAUUAUUAUUAUUUCUCAUACAUGGUAACAUCUACUCACUGACUGUCUAUAUAUAACCACACCGUCUGGUGUCAAACCACUUAAUAAAAGUAACAAAACUACAAAGCGAAAGCAUUUUUUACAUUAAGAGCAGGUAUGUAUGGGUUUAUUUUUGGUUGUAUUGUGGGUUGGUUUGUUCUCAUUUCCCCUCCCAGUGUGUGUUCUGUAUCUGCAUGUAUUCUGCGAUUUAUGUGGAUUUGGCGCGCCAGUGAUGAAAUGUGAAGUCAUCCUGCUGAUAUCUUACCAGCUACUUAAAGGAGAGCUCCACCCACGGGAGCGCCAUAUCCCCAGCAUCCUCCUCCACACGUUUGCAGUCGGCGUGCCAAAAUGGCGGCCUGUACCAACAGAGCCCAGUUCCCGGGUAAAGCAUGCUUCUGUGAUUGGGGAUUGCCGAUGUGCUGCGGGCAUGCCCAGCGGGCGAGACCCUCCAAGGGAGAGUGUUCUGUCUGGGACAGCUGGGAAGAUGCGGAGAAACUGGGCCUUGGGUGGACACUUCCCUGCGAGAAGCUGGUUAGAAAGCGAUUCUCAGUAUAGUACUACUUGAAGCUGCAGUUACACUGUGCAAUUAAGGACGUUUGGCCAUUUUUAAAUGUCAGUAUUGCCGUUGACUCUGAGAUCCAUCUUUGGAAUUCUGUUUUUAAAAAAGGGAUCGUGCAGCCUUAAAUCUCUCUGUAUGACUAUAGGGAGAAUCCCAUAAUGAUUCUCCAUAGUAACCGUAAAUAUUAAAUGGCAUCAACACACUCACACCCCUCUUCCCCCGAAUCCCUUCUCCCACCCAUGAUGGGUAAUUUCACUCCAUUGUUGCAUAUAUUUGCUGCUACAGUACGUGUGGCUUCAUAUUUGGACACUAAAACACAUCUGGUGGUCGUUGGUGAGAAACAGAACAUUUUGGGGGGAAAAACCCAUUGUAUCCAUGGAAGCAGAGUUGAGUGCCUCUUCUAAAACAAAGCUGGCUUUUCUCCAGUCAACCGAAUUUCGAUUUUUCGUGACCCGUGCACUGAUCUUGAGGUGCUCCUGCACAAAUACUCAAUAAGCAACGAAAAUUUGUGCGUUUAAAAAAAAACAAAAAAAAAAACAAAAAAAAAAAAGGCAACCCUUCAGCGGUGUCCUGUCAGGGCAUGGGUUUAACAGAGACGAGAUGCACUGUUUGUGCGCUGCUAGAUUGUGGCAGGCAGCGACAAACCGAUCAAAAAAAUCACAAAAGUUAACUUAACAGUUAAAAAGUACAAAGUUGUAUAGUUGAUUGAUUGUGAUGCUCUAUAAAUUAGGGAACAGACAGGUCAAAGGACGUACUCUCUCUGGCCAUGUUCCUUGUUAAAUAAUGAUGCUAACAUUGUGGAAGUGUACACUUGUUUGAUUAUUUUUGACCAAAGUUAAAUAAAUUUUAAUUGUGUUUACCUGA